AUGUGCGGUCACCAAAACCACAGACCGUGCAGCUGGCAGCGCAGGGCUCCUGUCUGGCCGCUCACCUCCUCACGACACGGGCUCACGGUUACGAGUGAUGCAAGGAGACGGCCACUGUUGACGGAGCCUCCCUGCACCCUGUCCCGUUCCUCCUCAGAGCUGCAGGAAAAGGCUGCCACGCUGCUGGGGGUGGAACGGACCUUGUUUGUGCCCACCAACACCAUGGCCAACCUCAUCUCUGUGAUGUGUCACUGCCAGCGCAGGGGCUCCCAGCUCCUCCUCGGGCAGGAGUGCCACCUCCACGUCUACGAGCAGGGCGGGGUGGCUCAGAUUGCUGGGGUGCACUCCCACCCCCUCCCAGACCUGCCGCACGGGACCCUGGACCUGGCUGAGCUGGAGAGCAUGGUCACACGGGGCCACGGGAGCCCCUACCACCCAGUCUGUGAGCUCAUCUGCCUGGAAAACACCCGCAGCAGCUCGGGGGGCCGGGUUCUCCCCAUCAACUACCUACGCCAGGUGCGCCUCCUGGCCCAGAGCUUCGGGGUCCGGGUCCACGUGGACGGGGCCCGGCUGAUGAAUGCUGCGGUGGCUCUGCACGUGCCCCCGGCCCGCAUCGUGGAGCACUGUGACUCCGUGUCCCUCUGCUUCUCCAAGGGCCUGGGCGCACCAGUGGGAGCCCUGGUUGGGGGGCCCAAGGACUUCAUCGAAGGAGCCUGGCGCCUCCGGAAAGCCCUGGGCGGGGGGAUGCGCCAGGCGGGGGUGCUGGCCGCGGCUGCCCUCGUGGGACUGGCAGACGCCGAGGAGGUGCUGCUGAGGGACCACCAGAACGCUCAGAGAUUCGCCCAAGGGCUCCAGGAACUGGCGUCCCCUAUCUGCUCCGUGGACCUCGCCGCCGUGGAGACGAACAUGGUGAUGGUGAGGGUGCACGGGCUGGCGCCCCGGGAGCUCUGCCGGCGUCUCCAGGCCGUGAGCGCAGACGAGGCGGCGCAGACCGGCCGCGCGGUGCGUGUGUUGCUGUCCCCCUGGAGCGAGCGGUCAGUGCGCGCCGUGUGGCACCGCGACGUCUCCGCGCAGGACACCGAGCUGGCGCUGAGGAAGUGGGGGUUCGUGCUGAGGCAGCUGAGGGCCCUGAGGACGGGGUGACCGGCCCCUGUGCCCCAGCCCGGAUCCAGGUGGGGGUGGAGGUGUCCCGGGGAGCAGGUGGCAUGGGAGACAGUGAAGGACACCCCGUGUCCCCCUUGUCUCCUUGGACCGCUUGACUUCGCGCCCGCGAGCUGAAGCCUUCCCCUGGCACUCGUUCAGCAAGCCCGGAGCGCCUCCUGUGUCGGGGAUGGGGACAGGGACGGGGUGCCACGGAUGCAGACAGGCGGGACCCCCUUCCAGCCCCUCACCAGAGCCCA